UAGAUGGAGAAAUCCUCUACUUUACAAGCCAAAAUGGCUGCUCCCAAGUUUUUCUCUCUAUUUACAUUCUAAUUUACACGACCGUCUCAUGUGCACGUAUGAAAUUAGUCCAACCUUUCAAAUAGAUUAUGAUAAAUGUCACAUUGAAGAACAUUUAAUAUCUCGACUAUGCUGUCUGUAAAUAACAUUAAAUUGAUUAUUUCCACGAGUCAUACAACGUGGAGAAACUAUACAUGCAACACGUACUGCCAUUUGAGAACCUGUCGCAACAAAUACAAGUAUCUAGUUCAGACUUUCGGUUAUUCCACGAAGCACAGCGUGAAGGAGGAUGCUGCUGCAUCGCUCGUCGACCCCAGAGUCGAGGCACUGCGAGAGAAAUUAAUUUAUUGCGACUAUCUAGAUCGUCAGAAAGUGAGAAUGGGUUAUAUGAAGCGUUUCCUCCUGAAGAAGAAGAUCGAAUCCACAGAGAAACAGACGCGAAAUCAUAGGCUCAUAAACGUGCCCGUCUACAGUAUACUCUUGGACAAGAGAAAUGAUGAGAACAAUGACAGUUUGCAGAAAAAACAUACAGAAGCACAUCUGACAAAAUCUGUUAAAUCUGUACACAUGCCGUACGCAAGUACAGAUAAAUAUAGUAGCGUAAACACAUCGUCGAGCAAUUCAAACGAAAAUAAUUUUGACGAAUGUGCAAUACCAUUGAGUGACAAGUAUAAAGCUCUGUAUGAUAAAUACUUGAAAGAAAAAAAGCUGAAUUUCAGCAAAGGAAAAGUGCUCACUCUAAAAGAUUAUUUAGAAGAAACAGAUACAGAUCCUUUGGACAAAAAAGAUUUGCCCAAUGUUCCGCUCAAUUGGAUGGUCGAUGUCGAGGAAUAUGAUGAUACCUUGCUCGACAAUACAUGGCUCAGCAAUUACGGCACUCCGGAUCCCAACUCCGAUAUCAGUUCCGUUCCUUGCGGCGGAUGUGGGGCCUUGAUGCAUUGCAAAGAUCACGCUCUGCCGGGUUACUUGCCUUCGGAGCUGUUUCUGAAGAAAAGCGAAAAGCAACUGCGAAUCAUGAUCUGUCAGAGAUGCCACUUCAUGAAGUAUUACAAUACUACGUUGGAGGUGAAGGUAUCGGCAGACGAGUAUCCAAAGCUCCUGAAGGUAAUAAAGAAAAAAAAGUGUGCCGUUAUCCUGAUGGUCGAUCUUACGGAUUUUCCGUGUAGCAUAUGGCCCGGGAUAAAUAGUGUGCUGCAUCCUCUGACUCCAGUAUUUGUGGUAGGAAAUAAGAUUGACUUACUACCUCAAGACUCAUCACACUUCUUUACUCACAUUAAGGAGUGCCUGACAAAGGCUGUGGAAAAUACAGGAAUUAAGAAGGAGAAAAUCAGGCACACAGCGCUCAUAUCUGCAAAAACUGGCUAUGGUAUAGAAGAACUAAUAAAUAAGUUACAUACUCUGUGGAAGUAUAAGGGAGACGUUUAUGUAAUUGGAUGCACAAACGUGGGUAAAUCCUCUCUAUUUAAUGCGUUGCUGCAGUCUGAUUACUGCAAAGUACAGGCUGUGGAUCUUAUACAACGCGCGACCACGUCUCCCUGGCCGGGCACAACUUUAAAUUUGCUGAAGUUUCCUAUUUUAAAUCCCCUAAGAUGGAGGCUUUAUUUGAGAACGUUGCGAUUGAAACAGGAACAACAGUACAAAUAUGCUGAAGAGACAUUAAGAAACCAUCAGUUCAAAACAACGCGUAACAUAAAGUAUGCUACAUUACAAAGUCACAUUGGUAGAACAUUUCAAUCGAAAUCAAAUAUUAAGGUACAGGACGAUCUGUUCUCGGAAGGAAAAUACUGGACUCAUAUGCCACAAUUCGGUUUUGAUGAAACUAAGGAGGAAUAUAAGUACAGCCGCUGGUGUUACGACACUCCCGGCACCAUUCAAUCAGAUCAGAUCUUAGAUCUGCUAACGACACCGGAACUCUUGUCAGUUUUACCCACGAAAAUAAUCUCGCCUAGAACAUUUAUUUUAAAAGCAAAUCAGACGAUAUUUUUGGGCGGAAUCGGCAGAUUGGAUUAUUUGGAAGGUGACAGUUUCAUUAGGUGCACAAUAUUCUCGAGCAGGGAAUUGCCGAUUACUGUAACCAAUACUGUGGACGCGGAUAGUAUAUACAACGAGUUACUCGAAACGAAAGCGUUCGUCGUACCUGAAAGCGAUCCGGACCGAUUGAAACAUUGGCCUGCAUUAGGAUCCAAGGAGAUGGAAGUUAUUGGUAUCGGAAAGAAUGAAUCAGUUGCCGAUGUUGUCUUGUCCAGCGCGGGAUGGAUCGCGAUCACUGGUAAAGAAAACGAACGCGUCUCAUUAAAGGCUUGGACCCCGCAGGGACGCGGCUUACAUCUUAGAACGCCGGCACUCUUGAAGAAAUCCGUCGCUCUACGUGGUUUACGAGUUUCGGACGCGCCGACAUACAAAGACGGACGUCGAGUGUACAAAACGUGAAGGAGAAACAAUAGUUUUUACUUAUUUUCUAUAUAUAUAUUCCAAAUUCCUCACAUCCCUACAUUACACACACAUAUUUCAUCGUUUACAUGUGUAAUCAAUUUUUACACUUUUAUUUCAUGCGACUGCUAUUUUGAUAAAGAUAAGAACACAUCAUGUAUUAUACUCGUAUCUCUGAAGUAAUGUUAAUUAUUGAACAAUUUCACUUGUGCACGCAUAG